CAUUGGACUGUUUUAGCUGACUGGACCUUUAGCAACAAGUAUACUUACAUACGAUAUUCCAACAAUGUCUCAGAAAGUACUGAAAGUAGUGGUUGAACUUCAUCUUAAAGCGAUAACCUGUCCAGGAGUACACUUACCAGCCAAGGAUGACAUUUAUCUCAGCGUGUGCCUGAUGAAUCAAUAUAUGAAAACAGAAUGUCAGCCAGCCAUAUUUCCAUUGCUGUUUCAAAUGAAAAUGAGGUUUGAAAAGAUAUUUAAGUAUGCACCUGAUCCUGCAAAUAUUGCUGAAAUGUUACAGUGUGAAACAGUAAAAGUUAAACUAAUACAGCUUGUUCCUCCUGUUGGGGAAGUACUGGCUAGAUAUGAAGAAAAUGUCAGAAGUUUUCUCUUCCCAGAACCUAAAUUGGUUCCUGGUUUCUCAGGGGAAGACCGCGAGGUGCUAAUGAAAAGAGAUUCCACUUUUCCAGGCAUUUCUCCAAGGUUAGAGUUCUCCACUAGGACGAAAAUUAGUGAGUGCUUAGAAAGGAGUACUUCCCAGAGAGUCACUCUGGUCCUUAAUGAGAGCUCUUUCUCAGACACAGACAGUCUCCUUGACUACGAUGAGUGUCCUCGUCCUGUGGGAUAUGAGGGAUCUCCCAGCUUAGAAUCAUCAAGUCGUUACAACAUGGCAAGCCUGAGGCAGAACAGUUCUGUCUUGCGUUCCCCUCAUACAUGGAAGGAGGUUCAGGAGCGGGUGCGCGGUUUGUUGACCUCUCCUCAGGCCCUUCAUAGACUGACCUAUGGUGCAACAGAGUUGGAAAGGGAUGAGGUGCUAGCACUUGGGUCCAUUUCCCAAAACUCAUGACCUGGUUUAAACAAAGGCUACAAAAUGGCUGUUGAACAACCAAGCAUGGCAUCACCGAGCAGCCAGAGGAGGCUGUAACAGCAGCAGAAAUUAGAAAUUCCCUCGACCCGCCGUCCAUCAGACAAAGCAUGUUUGUGUAGGCAUCUGGCUGCUUGAUAGCAGAGCUGAUUUCAGCUAAAGAGCUAGAGAUUUUUUACUGUUGUUUUACUCUAGUGAUUCACUAUAUUGUCUUUUUUUAAUGGCUCAUUCUCAUUUACACAAAAAAACAUUCUAGGCAUUUACUACAUGAUUCUAAGAAUUGAAGCUGAUAAAAUCUUAAUGUGCCUCCAUAAGCAAAAUUAUCCCAGGGCAACCUUAAUUCCCUUGAAUACACAUUACGUUUUACUUACAACUUUAAACUUGUAAAUUUGAGUCUUCCAAGAGAGACUUAAAGAGAGCAGAAGCAGCAGCCCUAUUAGGGAUGUGGCUAGAAAUGAGUUCCUUCUAUGUUAAUAUCAAGCCAAGUUGGAGAACAGGUGGUCUUGCACUAAAAUGUUGCCCUGGACAUGGCAAAGACCAUUGAUGAUUUCACCAUCAUUUCAUUUCUUUCACUAACCUGUAUUUUAUAUUUUACUAACAAAUAAAAAAUCAUUAAACAAUA